AUGAUGAGCCUCCUGUGGACCAAGAGCUUUCUCUUCCUCCUGUCCAUCCCGUGCCUCUGCUCCAGCCAGCCCUCACCUCCCCCGUUGCGUUUCUCUGCUUUCCUGGACCACUCAAACAUGGUCUUCAUGCGCUGGGACCAUGAUGAAAAGGAGAUGAUGACCUUUGAGCUCCAGGUCCGCACUGUUGGCUGGGUGGCAUUUGGAUUCAGCCCUCAUGGAGAGUUGCCUGGGUCUGACAUUGUGAUCGGGGGCGUUUUCCCCAAUGGCAGCAUCUAUUUCUCUGACUGGCAUGCUGUGGAUGAGGAAAAUCUCAAGGAGGACAAGAGCCAGGACUACCAGCUGCUGUCACUAACAGAGGAUGAGACUUUCACCACCUUGCGGUUCAAACGCUACUUCCAGACAUGUGACCCAAAUGACCUGGAUAUCACGGGUGACACCGCACGCCUGAUUUCUGCUUUUGGCACUGACGACACAGUCCAAUUCUCCAAAAGCCAAAGAUUCCUCAAAUCUCUCUUUUUGAUGAGGGUCAUAAGCCCAACUGAAUUGAAUGACCCCAAAAUAUUCUUCACCUAUGACCUGAAGCUAAAUGAUUUCCCCAUCCCAGCUGAUGAAACCACAUAUGCCUGUACCUUUAUCCCACUGCCCAUCCUUAAGCAGAAGCACCACAUCUACAAGUUUGAGCCCAUAAUAACAACUCACCAAAACAGAUCGAUGGCUCAUCACAUUCUGGUCUAUGCCUGUAGCAAUGGCAGUGUGUUACCCACAGGCAUCAGCGAUUGUUAUGGGGCCGAUCCAGAUUUUGCCCUGUGCUCCCAGGUGGUUGUAGGCUGGGCCGUUGGAGGAGGGUCCUACCAGUUCCCAAAUGAAGCUGCAAUCUCCAUAGGUACACCUAUGGAUCCUCAAUACAUCCGGCUGGAAAUCCACUACAGCAAUUUUGACUUGAUACCAGGAUUAAUUGACAACUCAGGGAUACGACUCUACUGCACCCCGGACCUGCGGCCAUAUGACACGGGGGUGCUACAAACAGGGGUGUUCACCUUCCCUGUCCAUUUCAUUCCCCCUGGAGCAGAUGCCUACAAAUCCUAUGGACUCUGCAAAAGCAGUCAAUUCAAUGAGAUGAAUGGGACACCUGUGCCAGAUCUGAAGGUGUUUGGCUUCUUGCUGCACACUCAUCUGGCUGGGAGAGGACUGAAAGUUGUUCAGUACCGGAAUGGUGAGCAGGUGAGGAUCAUCUGCGAGGACAAUAAAUAUGACUUCUCCCUGCAGGAAACACGGGACCUGAAGGAAGUCAUCACCAUCAAAGUGGGAGAUGAGAUCCUAGUGGAAUGUAACUUUCAAACUUUGGAUCGGACGGAGAUCACCUUCGGUGGGCCAAGUACCUUGAAUGAGAUGUGCCUGGCAUUCCUCUUCUAUUACCCUCGCAACAACAUCUCCAGCUGCAUGGGCUUCCCAGACAUCCAGCAGAUUGCCCACGCACUUGGCCAGGAGGCCUCAGAUGCGAUGGAAGGAAUGAUUGCCAUGAACUCUGUCGAAUGGAACAAUGAAACCAUCAAGACUGCAGAGAAAGCAGCCAAGGAGGCUGAUCAGAUAGUCAUGAUUAAAACCAUUGAUGAGCUGCAGAAAAAUGAGAGUGGUAUAAUCCGGGACAUUAUGAUUCCAGAGAGUGGUCUCUGCCAUGACAUUUCUGGACGCCUCGGAAGUGUUUACUCAUUCAAGGAUCCCUGGUAG